AGUCAGCGCCAACCACUGACUAGCGCGGUACAUACUUUCGGAGCUGACGGACUGACGUCGUACUCGAGUGCAAAUGAUUACAUGUCAAAUCCAGUGAGCGGUGUACUUUGAGUAUAUUUUUUUCUGCCGGUUAAAGCAAGAGUUCCUCCGAACGAUUGCAAAAUGUUGGCCCUUAUUAAUCGGAUCUUGGAUUGGUUUAAAUCCCUCUUCUGGAAAGAAGAAAUGGAACUCACUCUUGUCGGCUUGCAGUACAGUGGAAAAACCACCUUUGUAAACGUUAUAGCGUCGGGACAGUUUAGUGAAGAUAUGAUUCCUACUGUUGGAUUUAACAUGCGUAAAAUUACAAAAGGUAAUGUCACUAUAAAGGUGUGGGAUAUUGGAGGCCAACCAAGGUUUAGAUCCAUGUGGGAAAGAUAUUGCAGAGGAGUGAAUGCAAUAGUAUAUAUGGUAGAUGCAGCUGAUGCUGAAAAAAUAGAAGCAAGUCGCAAUGAGUUACACAAUUUGUUAGAUAAACCACAACUCUCUGGUAUACCGGUACUGGUUCUCGGUAACAAAAGGGAUUUACCUCAUGCUUUGGAUGAGAAUGGACUUAUAGAAAGAAUGAAUUUAUCAGCCAUUCAAGACCGUGAGAUCUGUUGCUAUAGCAUUUCAUGCAAAGAAAAAGACAAUAUUGAUAUAACAUUGCAGUGGCUUAUAGCACAUUCUAGAAGUGGUGUUCGCUAAUACGCAUAACAAGUUUUACAUUCUCGUACAUUCUUAUCAAAAAGCCCAAGACAUUGAUAGCAGAAUGGGGAUCAAAUGUGCAAGGGAGUGUUCAGCAAUGAUUUUAUUCUGGAUUGAUUGAUCGAUUAAUUAAUUAUUGUAGAAAAUUUUUUUAAAUCUAAGCUUUAGCUGUUCUCUGUUCAAAUGUAUAAAACUCAUAGAAAAUUUAACGAAAAACAAAAAAAUUGUAUUUAAGCCAAAUAUGCUCAUGCAAAUGAUAAUGAGACACGUACAUCCUUCAAGCACCUUAGAAAUAAGUAACAAUUUUUUAUAUUGUGUUUUUAGAUGAUCUGUUAAGUAACAGUACCAGUUGUUCUAUCUUAAAACCAUCGAAGAAAUGAAAUAGCAUUUAAAGAUUAAUGUAGAGACGAUGGUAGCUAGUACGAAUACAAACGCAAAAUAUCAAUUAUCAUAUAGAAUACACGUUUUCAGAAUUGUUUCAUUAAGGUUAAUACGUCACAGCAUAGAGAUUACAAAUAAUUGAUUGCUAUAUGUACACAAAUAUGAUGCUAAGUAAACUUGUAUAAUUAAUGGAGAAUUAUU